GGCGGUUGAGAAGGAGAAGUAAGAGGAGGUAAGCGGAGCUUUUAUUCAUCAGGAGCUUGCGAGUUUGGAAUUGAAGGAGAACGAGGAAGAGCCGGUUCUGAAAUCGGAUUUGGAGGAGAAGAAAGAAGAAAAAUAAGAAGAGAAGGAUGAGGAAAAGGUUGUUGACAGGGAUUUGAGUGGAGAAGAAAUGGGGAGCCGGAAUGGAAGUGAUGAUGGAAAUGAGAAUGGGAAUGAGGAUGGGUAUGGGUAUGGGAAUGGGAGUGAGAACGAGAAUGAAAAUGAGGAUGAGGAUGAGGAUGAAGAUGAGGAUAGGAAGAGAGAAGUAGAAGAGAACGAUGAUGAAGAUGGUGGAGUGGGAGAGAAUAAGAGUGGAAAUGAGACUGAAAAUGGCAGUGAAGUAAAUAAUGGUAGCAGUGAGAUGGAUAAGAAGAACGGGUAUGGUGGUGGUAUUCAAAAGUAUCAGUAUCCAGUGAGGCCUGAAGCUGAAGAUUGCUCAUUUUACCUCAAGACUGGAACGUGUAAGUUUGGAUCCAAUUGCAAGUUUAAUCACCCAGUUAGAAAAAGAAGCAAUCAUGUAUUUUUUUUCUUCUUGCAGUCGGAAUGUAAGUAUUAUUUGAGGUCAGGGGGAUGUAAAUUUCGAAAAGCGUGUAAAUAUAACCACACUAGAGGAAAGACUUUUGCAGCACCAUUAGCACCAGUUCUAGAGUUUAACUUUGUUGGUCUUCCAAUCCGAGUGCAUGCAGAUAAAGGAUUGUUUAUUGAUGGAGCAGAGGAUGAAAUUCAAUGGCGAAUUCUAAGUGGAAAAAGUCGAUAUCAAGAACAUCUGCCAUUUCUAUCAAUGUCUGCUGCUAUUUUCCGGGAGUGUUUUGAUCCUAUGGUAGCAAGAUCUGGUCGUGAUUUGAUUCCUGUUAUGGUGUAUGGAAGAAACAUUUAUGGUCAAGAGUUUGGAGGAAUGUACUGUGUAGUUUUAACUAUGAGGUACUACGCCUUUUCUAAUAUUAUAUUGGGCAAUAUGUUAUGUUAA